AACAAAAAGAAAUCUGUUAUUUUGGAUAAAACGAACCUCAGCUCCCGGUCUAUCAAUGGCUGUGAGUUGAGGCCAUGUAUCACUGUGAUAGAAUUCUCCGUUCGUCAACAAUGGAGACUCUUCUGACCCUUAACCCCAUAAAACCCCAAAUCUAUCUCCCAAAUUACCCCAAUUCUCGCAUCACCAGCCACAGACGUUUGCAUCCCCCAAUUUCUUGUAAACUCACAUCCCAAUCCCCAAAAGAUAAGACCCAGAACAAAGUUGUGGUUCCUGAUGCAGCACCGUCUCUGUCGGAAGAAAAUGGGAAUCCACCUCCGGCAGCCGUGGAUUCCCGGCGAAAGAAGACCGGUGGGGUGUUUCUGAAAAGAUUGACGAAAAGGGUUUUGGCCUUUCUUGCUAAUUUGCCUCUAGCUCUCGCUGAAAUGUUCACCGUUGCUGGUUUGAUGGCUUUGGGCACUGCAAUAGAUCAAGGUGAGGUUCCAGAAUACUACUUCCAGAAAUACCCUGAAGAUAAUCCAAUUCUAGGAUUUUUUACAUGGAGAUGGAUACUCACCCUCGGGUUCGAUCAUAUGUUCUCAUCCCCGGUUUUCCUUGGAACCUUAAUUCUCUUGGGAGCAUCUCUUAUGGCCUGCACAUACACCACACAGAUUCCCAUGGUCAAGGUAGCAAGAAGAUGGUCUUUCUUACACUCAGCUAACACAAUUCGAAAGCUGGAGUUCGCGGAGUCUCUUCCCAAAGCCUCAAUUCAAGAUUUAGGUGUCGUUUUGUCGGGUGUUGGAUAUGAGGUCUUCAUGAAAGGACCUUCUUUGUAUGCCUUCAAAGGGAUGGCUGGUAGAUUUGCUCCAAUUGGGGUGCAUUUAGCGUUACUCUUGAUAAUGAGCGGAGGAACUCUUAGCGCUACCGGAAGUUUUAGAGGUUCGGUAACAGUUCCACAAGGCUUGAACUUUGUGAUGGGAGAUGUGUUAGGACCGAACGGAUUCCUUUCUACUCCCACCGAAGCUUUUAACACGGAGGUUCAUGUCAACCGGUUCUCCAUGGACUACUAUGAUAGCGGAGAGGUUUCGCAGUUCCACACCGAUCUUUCCCUUUUUGAUAUUGACGGGAAGGAAGUGAUGAGGAAAACAAUAAGUGUAAAUGAUCCGUUAAGAUAUGAAGGAGUUACCAUAUACCAAACCGACUGGAGCAUUUCCGCACUUCAAAUACUUAAAGACGAUGAAGGCCCUUUUAACUUAGCCGUUGCACCUUUGACCGUCAAUGGCGACAAGAAGCUCUACGGAAGCUUCUUGCCAAUUGGAAACACCGGUUCUCCAAAUGUCAAGGGGAUAUCAAUGCUUCUUCGUGAUCUUCAGUCGGUUGUGCUAUACGAUUCAGAAGGGAAAUUUGCCGGGGUUCGGAGGCCUAACUCGAAGCUUCCAAUCGAAAUCGAUGGCACAAAAAUCGAAAUCGUAGAUGCAAUCGGCAGUAGUGGGCUUGAUAUGAAGACUGAUCCUGGGGUGCCGAUCGUUUAUGCUGGAUUUGGUGCAUUAAUGCUUACAACUUGCAUUAGUUAUCUAUCUCACACACAGGUAUGGGCAUUACAAGACGGAACAACUGUGGUGGUUGGAGGCAAGACUAACCGAGCCAAGAUUGAGUUUCCAGAGGAGAUGAACCGCGUGCUGGAUCGAGUCCCGGAGAUACAAGAGUCUUCCGACGUUAUUUGUGGCUAAUUCCAAGAAACAAGAUUCUUUUCGAUUAAUCAAAUACAAAAGCAUUUACACCAGAGCCAUCAAGAUCGAAUUAAACUCUAAAGAUUCAAUUCAAUUUGGUGGGCAUAUAAGAAGUCUCGACACUUUGCAAAAUGUCAAGUUUAUUGGGGGGAGUGUAAAUAGCAACACAAAGGGCGUAUAAUACAAUAGAAUGUAACUGAAUUCUCUUUUCGAGAAUUUGGACUUCAGAUUACACAUAUUAUUCAUUUAAACUUUGUAUACUAUUUUGGAUAUAAAUGUUAGUUUAUAUGUCA